UUUGUAGUUUUCCGUUGUCUGGUUUGCGGUUGUCAAGGACUCGUAGGUGGUGCGGUUUGGGCUGGGUGGCCUCUCCUCACACGGAUGCCCGAUUUUGGAUUUCUAGAAGAAAAAAACAAGGGGGAAUUACUAAGAAUAGAUUAUUUCUGAAUAGUUGAACAUAAAAUGGCUGCAGCCUUGGCCCUUCAGACUCCAGAGAUGCAGGAGGGACUUCUGGCAGAGAAGGUAAAAGAGGAAGAAGAGGACCAUGUCUGUGGGCAAGAAUCUGGCCUAUUGAAGGAAACCCUUCAUAACAGAGAGAUCUUUCGUAGACGCUUCAGGCAAUUCUGCUAUCAGGAGACACCUGGGCCCCGGGAGGCUCUUGGAAGACUCCAGGAGCUCUGCCAUCAGUGGCUGAGACCAGAGAUACACACCAAGGAGCAGAUCCUGGAGCUGCUAGUGCUGGAGCAGUUCCUGACCAUCCUGCCUGAGGAGCUCCAGGCCUGGGUGAGAGACCACCGCCCAGUGAGUGGUGAAGAGGUGGUGACAGUGCUGGAGGAUUUGGAGAGAGAGCUGGAUGAACCAGAACAGCAGGUCCUAACCUGUGCUCACAAACAGAAAGAGUUCGUGAAGGAGAAAUCUAAUCUAGGAGCAGCUCAGGAGUUGCCAUGUGGCCAGCUCCAAACUCUGGAAGAGCAGCAUCAAUGUAACUUGCAAGAGGUGUGCCCACUUGAGGAAAUUGAUGAUGAGGCCAGGACUUGGAAUGUGGAAUUAGCCCAAAAGAGGGAGCCUUAUAAAGAACUAAAAUCUCUUGUGGUGGUACCUGAAAAACUGAAUGGUGAUGUUAUUCAGAUACCUGAAUGUGGAGACACCUGUGAUCACAAAGGCCGAUUGGAAAGGCAAUGGGGAAGCUCUUCAGUGGAGAGACCCUAUAUCUGUGGUGAAUGUGGAAAAAGCUUCACCCAGAAUUCUAUCCUUAUUGAGCACCAGAGAACACACACAGGUGAGAAGCCCUAUGAGUGUGAUGAGUGUGGGCGGGCCUUCAGCCAGCGGUCAGGCCUGUUCCAGCACCAGAGACUCCACACUGGGGAGAAGCGCUACCAGUGCAGCAUUUGUGGCAAAGCCUUCAGCCAGAAUGCUGGGCUAUUCCAUCACCUCAGAAUCCACACUGGGGAAAAACCUUACCAGUGCAAUCAAUGCAGUAAGAGCUUUAGUCGACGUUCCGUCCUCAUUAAGCAUCAGAGAAUUCACACUGGAGAAAGACCUUAUAAGUGUGAAGAAUGUGGCAAGAGCUUCAUUUACCAUUGCAACCUCAUCCAGCAUCAGAAAGUCCACCCUGUGACUGAAUCCAGCUAGCUUCCUGGAACAGGGCAACAUUUCCAGAUAUCAGACUACCAGGCAAGGUAGCAAGGUUGGUUCUUACUUUGUCCCUAAGAGAACAAUAAUAGUUUAAACAUUUAGCAGAUGAAGCUUCAAAGAAAACCAGUGAAAAUCUCCUUAUUUUUAUGCUGAGAGAAAUACAAUAAUAUUUUAAAUAUAUCUGUCAAGUUCUCUGUGACAUCCAUGUAUUUAGCAAUACUUAAUAUUGUUAUUUUGACUUCCUCACAUAGUCUCACACACACCUGUGCAAAAAGCUGUCUAGGUGUACUUCUGGAAAACUUCAUCAUCCUAGUUUUAAAAAUCUUUUUUAGAAACUUUCAAAAAUCAUAUGUAGACUGAGUACAAAAUAAUGUCAAAGGUAGUUCAAUGAAUAUUUAAAAAUUAAUUUUAAAAUAAUUGCAAUAAAAUCUGUUCUGUAAACUA